UUGGGUUAGGUUUUCUGUCUCUUUCUGUUUUCCUUGUUUUUUCCACCUGUAGAUAAAUCCACAAUGUUGAAAUGGAAUCUUCUAAGGAUGAUGUUAUUGCUCUGGAUGACAAAAGUAACACUUCAGGGUGGCACAGGGUACCAACCUCAAAAUCCAAGUGGCGGUGGAGUACAAAUGUCACCAGGAGGUUAUCCUGUAAACAAAGGUACAGGUGCUUAUGGAAGUGCACAAAAUAAGCCCGGAUAUGGAGGUCAUCCCCCAUAUGGUAAUGGGAAUGGGAACGGCUACCGAGCACCGUCUUUUGGAGGCUACAGCAAUUUAAUGGGCACUCAUCCCCAAAAAGGAACUGGUCUAGGUUAUGGCGCUGGAUCUGCUGCUGUUAAGGGACAAAACUCAAAUCCUGGAGUUUCUGCAGGAUACACCAAUGGUGGGGCGACCAAGACACAAAGCAAACAAGGAUAUGGAGGAUAUCCUAAUGGGGGUGCAGCUAACCAGCCUAAUACAGGGUAUCACAAUGGUGGAACCAAGGGACCUAAACCAGGAUAUGGAGGAUAUCCUAAUGGAGCUGCAGCUAACCAGCCUAAUUCAGGCUCUUCUCUUCAAAAUAUGGGGUAUCCCAAUGGUGGAACCAAGGGACCUAAACCAGGAUAUGGUGCUAAAGCUGGACCCUCAAAUGGACAAGGGGCUAAGCCUAAUGGAUAUGGAGGAUAUCCUAAUGGAGGUGCAGCUAAUCAACCUAAUACAGGCUCUUUUCUUCAAAAUAUGGGGUAUCCCAAUGGUGGAACCAAGGGACCUAAGCCAGGAUAUGGUGCUAAAGCUGGACCCUCAAAUGGACAAGCAUCCAAGCCUAAUGGAAAUGGAGGAUAUCCUAAUGGAGGUGCAGCUAAUCAACCUAAUACAGGCUCUUCUCCUCAAAAUAUGGGAUAUCCCAAUGGUGGAACCAAGGGACCUAAACCAGGAUAUGGUGCUAUAGCUGGACCCUCAAGUGGACAAGGAGCCAAGUCUAAUGGAUAUGGAGGAUAUCUUAAUGGAGGUGCAGCUAAUCAACCUAAUACAGGGUAUCCCAAUGGUGGAACCAAGGGACCUAAACCAGGAUAUGGUGCUAAAGCUGGACCCUCAACUGGACAAGCAGCCAAGCCUAAUGGAUAUGGAGGAUAUCCUAACGGAGGUGCAGCUAACCAACCCAAUACAGGUUCUGCUCUUCAAAAUAUGGGAUAUCCCAAUGGUGGAACCAAGGGACCUAAAUCAGGAUAUGGUGCUAAAGCUGGCCCCUCAAAUGGACAAGGAGCCAAGCCUAAUGGAAAUGGAGGAUAUCCUAACGGAGGUGCAGCUAACCAGCCUAAUACAGGCUCUUCUCUUCAAAAUAUGGGACAUCCCAAUGGUGGAACCAAGGGACCUAAACCAGGAUAUGGUGCUAAAGCUGGACCUUCACCUGGACAAGCAGCCAAGCCUAAUGGAAAUGGAGGAUAUCCUAAUGGAGGUGCAGCUAACCAACCUAAUACAGGCUCUUCUCUUCAAUAUGUGGGGUAUUCUAAUGGUGGAACCAAGGGACCUAAACCAGGAUAUGGAGGAUAUACUAAUGGAGGUGCUGCUAACCAACCUAAUACAGGCUCAUCACUUCAAAAUGUGGGAUAUCCCAAUGGUGGAACCAAGGGACCUAAACCAGGAUAUGGUGCUAAAGCUGGAACCUCAAAUGGACAAGGAGCCAAUCCUAAUGGAUAUGGAGGAUAUCCUGAUGGAGGUGCAGCUAACCAGCCUAAUUCAGGUUCCUCACUGCAAAAUAUGGGGUAUCCCAAUGGUGGAACUAAGGGACCUAAACCAGGAUAUGGUGCUAAAGCUGGACCCUCAAGUGGACAAGGAGCCAAGCCUAAUGGAUAUGGAGGAUAUAUUAAUGGUGGUGCAGCUAACCAACCUAAUACAGGCUCCUCACUUCAAAAUAUGGGGUAUCCCAAUGGUGGAACGAAGGGACCUAAACCAGGAUAUGGUGCUAAAGCUGGACCCUCAACUGGACAAGCAGCCAAGCCUAAUGGUUAUGGUGUUCCUGGAUAUAUGUCAAAAGGACCUUAUAAAGCAGCAAAUUCAGGUUAUAUGCCUGUAACAACUGGAAAACAGGGUGCUUCCAGUGGAAAUGGACCUAAAGGAGAGAUUUUAAGCCGUGGAGGACAAAGUCAUGCCCCAGUAACUUCUAACACCAAGGGAUUUUUACCACUAUCUGGACAUGAGCAAAAUAUAGGAUUACGUCCAGGACAAACUAAAGACGUUUCACCAGUUCUGCAACAAACAAAGGGACAAAAUCUUCAUCCACAGGGCAAAGCCCCCAACUCUAUGGCACCUUGGCCUGCUCCAAAUCCAUUUAUGCAAGGUCCUGGUUCAUAUAAACCUAGUAAAGCUUACAAACCAAAACCAGUUGCAACAGUAGCCUCUCAAUCAAUCUCUGCAGAAUCAGCUCCCAUUCCUCAAACAUCACAGACAGUUGGACUAGAGCAGGAACAAGUCCUUUCACAGGAACAAAACAUAAGGCCAGAGUUACCACAAGCCAGAAUUUCUUCACAGGUGCCUUUAGUGCCAGGAUCAGCUCAAUCAACCACAGAGAUACAACAAUCCAAGAUUCAGUCAAACAAGCCUGUGCCUCAAAUGAAGAAUCCAAUGGCAAAUCCUGAACUCACUCAUCUGGGACAACCAAAUGGACAGAUGCAGGGAGCUAUACCUUCAAAGCCUGAUUGUGGACCUGGAGGACAACCUAAUGGGCAAUGGGUCAAACUUCCAAGUCUUGGGUAUCCGAAUGGAAAAGGAGAAGUUGCUUCACAACCAGGCUAUGGAGCAGGAAUGGGUGGUUAUCCAGCUCAUGGUAUGAAUAAUGGCUACAAAGCAGGUUAUGGAGGCUAUGGAAACCAAUUGAAAAAUCCAGCUGGACCACAAGGUGAGCAACCAACAGGAUUUAAGGGAAAAUCUCAAGCGAAAUAUGGAAUUGGUGGACUUCCAUUUGGUGCUUCCCCAAAUGGAUAUCAAACAAACCCCUCUGGACAAUAUGGUAAUGAUGGUCAGCGCUAUGGAGCCAAAUCCUACAAUCCUAAAGCGUUUGGAAAAUACGGACACGGUAGUUUACCGUACAACUCUCAGCCUUUACUUCCUGAAUCUGUUGCCAGGUCCUCUGGUAAAUACGAUUUUGGCGGGUUACCCUACAAUGGCCAGCCACAUGGAUAUGGACAAAAGGGUCUUCAAAAUGGUGGUCAGCCACUUGAUCUCAGGCCUGAUGCUGUGUCUGGAAAAUAUGGUCAAGGUUCUCCAGAAUCCCUGUAUAAUCCAGAAACAAUCAGUUUCGGUGGCGAUGCUAACUAUGGUAAUCCAGCAGUGUCAUAUGAACUCCUUGGCCCAGUGACUGAUGGCCAGUCUGUUGAUGAAAAUAGAAGCCUGGAGACUUUGCAUCAAGGUCCUGAGAUUGAUGGACAGAAAGCCAUUGACCAAUAUGGAGAUGGAGAGGUUCAACCCCAUCCUGAUGCUCCAGAAGCUGGAUAUGCAAAUGCACAAUCCAUCGAGAAAUAUGGAACUGGGGAUUAUACAAAUGGAAGAAUACAGCCAGAAGGUAAAAGUAAUGUUCAAAACUCUGCUUCUCUGAAUGUUGCAAAUCCUGUAUUUACAGAUAUAUUUAUAUAUCUGUAAAUAUCUAUAUAAUCGCAGGAUUU